AUGAGCGGCUGCUCCAAAAGAUGCAAGCUUGGGUUCGUGAAAUUUGCCCAGACCAUCUUUAAGCUCAUCACUGGGACCCUCAGCAAAGACAUCGCCUGGUGGUAUUACCAGUAUCAGAGAGAUAAGAUUGAAGAUGAGCUGGAGAUGACCAUCGUUUGCCACCGGCCUGAGGGACUGGAGCAGCUUGAGGCACAGACCAAUUUCACCAAGAGGGAGCUGCAAGUCCUUUAUCGAGGCUUCAAAAAUGAGUGUCCCAGUGGUGUGGUCAAUGAAGAAACAUUCAAGCAGAUCUACGCUCAGUUUUUCCCUCAUGGAGAUGCCAGCACGUACGCCCAUUACCUCUUCAAUGCCUUCGACACCACCCAGACAGGCUCCGUGAAGUUCGAGGACUUUGUAACUGCUCUGUCGAUUUUACUGAGAGGAACCGUCCAUGAGAAACUAAGGUGGACAUUUAAUUUGUAUGACAUCAAUAAAGAUGGAUACAUAAACAAAGAGGAGAUGAUGGACAUUGUCAAAGCCAUCUAUGACAUGAUGGGGAAAUACACAUAUCCUGUGCUCAAAGAAGACACUCCAAGGCAGCACGUGGAUGUCUUCUUCCAGAAAAUGGACAAAAAUAAAGAUGGCAUCGUGACUUUAGAUGAAUUUCUUGAGUCCUGUCAGGAGGAUGACAACAUUAUGAGGUCUCUCCAGCUGUUCCAAAAUGUCAUGUAA